AUGCCCAUCAUUGAUGGCUUUGGUUCAUAUGUUGAUGAGUUUAUGAGAUGUGCUGUCUUUAGGGGCAUCGGAGGAACGGCAAACAAGUACUAUCUUCUUUUCCAACAUCACCUUGCGCCACCAUUGUCCACGUUCACAACAGAUGCCCCCAAUACAGAAUCACUGCAGGGCGCUGGUUCCGACCCUAGGCAGCGGGAAAAUACAUACAUUCUCGAAGAGAAGACUAUUGAUUCAAGCUAUAUUGUCGGGAGUAAACCUGGUCCUUAUGUAGCCGAGUAUUCCCGCAGUAUUUAUGCUAGACUUGGCGCUAGGAUUGCCUUUUUUGGUAUCGAUGCUCGGACAGAGCGAACUCGGCAUCAAGUGAAUUAUCCCGAAACAUAUGACAUAAUCGUCAAACGGCUUCGGGAUGAGCUUACUGCUGCAAGGUCUUCUUCAAGCCCGAUUAAGCAUCUUGUUGUUCUCCUCGGCAUUCCAAUUGCUUACCCACGUUUGACUUGGUUGGAGAAUAUAUUCUCCAGUCCACUAAUUGCCCCUAUUAAGUUUCUCAACAAGAGAUUUGGGUUCGGUGGCGGCUUUUUCAAUCACUUCGAUGGCAAUAUCGACUUGUUGGACGAUCUCGAUGAUCAUUACACGGCACGCACGCAUAAGAAAGAACGUCUCAUGCUUGUGCAUCGGCUUCAGGAGCUUGCGUCGGAGUUCUCCGUUCGUGUCAGCAUUCUUGGUGGUGAUGUCCACCUCGCCGCGGUCGGCCGGUUUUACUCGAAUCCUAAGCUAAAUAUUCCUGUCGUCAAUGACCAUCGUUACAUGGUCAACAUCAUAUCCUCUGCCAUAGUCAACAAGCCUCCUCCCCAAGCAGUUGCAAAUCUACUUGCAAGAAGAAAUAAGAUACAUCACUUGGAUCACGACACCGACGAAACCCUUAUGAAAUUGUUCGAUAAAGACCCGGGCAACUCAACCAAGAAGGCAAGCUGGAACAAAGUGACUAUGCCAAGUCGGAACUGGGCGAUGAUCACUGAGAACUAUAAUGGAGCGACGCAGACCCCCAACGCCUAUGGGACAACUGAAAAUGCCGUCAACGGUAGUUCAGAUGCAGCUAGGCCAUCGUCCGAGCCACUUCCAACGGCCAAAGAUGGGCACUCAGUCCUCCACGAGGGCGAGUUCGAUGCAGGAACCAAGCACAAAGCUGCUGACUACGAGAAACACGGCAAAGACAGCGAUUCAAGCCUUGACGUCUGUAUUAGGGUUGAAAUAGACCAGCAUGACCCGGAGGGCACGACGCAACCAUACGGCUUGACUAUACCACUGCUAGUCUAUGAAGAUACAGCAGAACAUAAAAGGAGAAAGAGGGAUUCGAUUCGUGGAAUCAUACAUCACAAGGUUCCAGACGAAGUGUAA